GAUUUUAAACAAAAAUGUCUACUGAAAAUAAAGCUAAACUUUACAAAAAUGCUGGAAAACCUGAUGAUUUGCGUCGUCGUCGAACUGAAACUUCGGUUGAACUUCGCAAACAGAAGGGAGAUGAUGCGAUGAUGAAACGUCGAAAUUUAACUGUAGACCUUAAUGAGUCAUACACUUCUGCGUCUGAUACUGAAGAACAACCAAAAGACAAACAAGUUCAACAGUCACCUGAACGGAAAGUGAUGACAAUUGAGGAAGCUGCUGCAAUUCUUCAAGCUCAGCCAACAAUUGAACAAAUUCGAGAUGCCUUUGAAGCUGUCCGCAGAACACUUUCUCGUUCAGCAGACCCACCAAUUGACCAUAUUAUUCAGUCUGGCUUUCCUUUGGCUUUGGUUCAAGCUUUGUCUGAUGAAAAAGUCCAAUUUGAAGCAGCCUGGGCUAUUACUAACAUUGUUUCUGGUAACUCUCGUCAAACGGCUGCGAUGGUGGAUGCUGGAGUAAUUACUCCGCUUCUUCAUAUUAUUUCAAUCUCAUCAUUAAAGCUGGCGGAACAGGCUUUAUGGGCUAUUGCAAAUAUUGCUGGUGACAGUGUUCGAAUGCGAGAUGCUCUAUUUGCUCAAGGGAUUGUUCCAAUACUUGUUGAAUUGACAAAGCAAGUUACUCCUGAUUUUGACCCUCCUUUUGCUCGUAUCCUUGCUUGGACUAUUUCAAAUUUGUGUCGUUAUAAGAAGCCGCCGACUCCUUUUGAAAUUUUGAAACAAUUUGCGCCUUCAAUCUCUAUUUUGCUCAAACACAAUGUAUUUUUAAAUGGAAAAUUUUCUUGUUGGGCUCUUUCAUAUUUAACUGAUGGAACUGACGAGAAUAUUCAACUGGCAAACAACGAGAAUGUUAUGCCUUUGCUAAUCGACUUUAUCAACUCUGGCCAGAAUUCGCUUGUUUCGCCUGCUCUUCGUACGGCAGGAAAUUUCGCUACUGGAAGCGAUGAAUUGACUUCUGUUGUUAUUAAUAGCGGAAUUUUAACGAAUGCAGCACCUCGUUUGUUAAAUUCUGAGAAUACUGGAUUUGCUAAAGAAUGUUGUUGGCUUCUUUCAAAUAUAUUGGCUGGAAAUGCGGAACAAAUACAGGCAUUUUUAGAUUUUUUUAGUGAGGUCAUUGACGCCAAAUUGCUCCCUAUAAUAUUUCGAAUUCUCGAACAUGGUGAACACAAACUUCAAUGCGAGGCUGGAUGGGCAGUUGCAAAUUUAGCUCAUGGGGGUGCAGUCAAUCAAAUUUUGGCGAUUUUGCGUGUUAAAGGUUCUAUUGAAGCAAUUUGUAGCAAUUUGGCGGUAAAAAAUAAUGAAUUGGUGGCUAAUAUGUUGGAGGCAUUAUUUAGUAUUUUGAAUACUGUUACUUCAAAUGAUCCUGACCGUCUUUCAAAGAUUUGCGAACGCGUUGAGGAAUGCGGAGGUUUAGACAAAAUCGAAAAACUUCAAGAACACGAAUCUGAGCAAAUCUAUCAUAUUUCUUAUAAAAUUAUUGAGGAAUUCUUUUCUGAUGAGGAAGAUAGUGAACUGGCUAUUGGAAUGGAAGAACAGCAGCCACAACAGGGGGGACAUUUUAAUUUUUAA